UCCAUAUUUAUAUACAACUUUCUCUUCACUUCCCCUUAACUCAAAUCACCCCCAAAAUCUCUCUACAAUUUCCACUUUUUCUCACAAUAAUAAUAACUAACUCAUCACCUCAAAAUCACCCAAAAAAUUUCUCUACAACUUCCAUUUUAUUUUUUUUUCUCUAGCAAAAUGUCAACAACUCACCGGAGAAGAAGAAUCAUACUCAGCAACGUAACCGUAAAGCUCGGCUGCAGCAGCAGCAGCUGCAUUCGCAGAGGUUUGACAAGCAUCUUCCAUUCAAGAAGAAGAAUCAAACAGAAACCAAAAAACAAAACUAAUAACAACUCAUCAAGUAGUUGUAGUUAUUACUAUUCGUCUUCCAGUUCAUGGGGGACGAAUACGUCAACGUUAUUCUCUCCACAUUCUUCCGAAUCACCUUCUGACUUCAAGACAUCGAAGGCAGUGCAGGGAUUCGGAAGGAUAGGUGGAGAGAGUGUUGCUGUCGAAAAGGAUUCGGAUGAUCCGUAUCUGGAUUUUCGACAGUCAAUGCUGCAGAUGAUACUGGAGAAGGAGAUUUACAAUAAGGAUGAUUUGAAGGAGCUUUUGAAUUGCUUUUUGCAGCUGAAUUCUCCUUACUAUCAUGGGAUUAUUAUUAGGGCUUUCACUGAAAUUUGGAAUGGCGUUUUCUCCCUCCGACCUGGUGUUGCCGGAGCGAGCUCGCCGUUCCUGCAUGGCGGUGAAGGUCACGUGACUUAUAUGUGAUGGUCACGUGACUUUCACCGGUAUUGCAGAGGUCACGACACCCUACGUGGUAGUAGGAGGGUUGUGGGACCAUGAAUAUUAGUAGUAGAAUGGACGUGAUUAUCUCCGAUAAAUCACGUGACUUUCAUCGGUUUUGUAUGGAUGUGGUAGUAGGAGGGUUGCGGAAUCAUGAAAUAUUAGUAAUAGAAUGGUCGUGUUGAAGCAGUUACUAAUGCUUGAUGAUAUGUUUUUUCGCUUUUGUACGGUGGAGGUCACGUGACUUUUAGGUGAUGAUCACGUGACCUUUAUUUGUUUUGGGAUUAUUAAGUGUGUUCACGUUAAGUGUGUAGUAGUAGUAGAGUUGUGGGACCAUGAACAUUAGCAAUAGAAUGGUCGUUACGUCACAUGUUCUAAGCUGUUGAAGUAGUUACUAAUGCUUAUAUAGUGCAAGAUCGUUUACAUCAUGUUCUUUGGAUGUGACGACUUUUUCUCAAAUUCUACUAACGUAGGAUGUUUUGUUCAUCGGGUUCUAUUUUUAGAAUAGGUUUCUAAAAAUAGUUUACUAAUGUAUUGGUUUUUGCUUCUUUUUUUUUUUUUUUUUGUAAUAAUAAUUUUAGGUUAGGAGGAAAAAGGGGGUUCUAUUUUCACAGCCUUUUUGAUUAUGGAUGAAAAGAAAAAAUAGUUUGUAUUAUGUAGUCAUGAAGGGGUGGUCAAAAAUGCUGUGAAAAUUGUAAUCUAUUAUUAGUAAUGUAUUGUCUUUUUAUUUUGCA